CCGCUUAGUUAUCUGUUGCAACUCGCGUCGUGCGGUACACUCUCUGAAAGAGCAAAAACGUGAACGGGCAAAACAAACAAAAAACCAAUUUUUUUUUCAAACAUUUCACACACACAGACACACUCGCAAAUGACCGUUACUAGAUGCGUGUGAGAAGAAAAAGAAGUUCUCGUUCCAAACAAAUUGUCCAUCAUCAUCAAUAUUCGUGAGUUUAAAUUCGGGUGGUGGUGUUGUCAUUGGAGUUCCCAAGUGAAGUGAGUGGCCAUACAACAAUAGCAGCAACAACAAUGGCGACACCAACUGAAUUGGCUCGACUCGUUGACCUGCAUUUGGCGGAUUUACGUGACCCUGAGCCCAACUGGACAAUAGGCCCAUCACCGAUGGCCGGACGUGGUGUAUUUGCCACACGCGACAUCCAACAAGGUGAGCUGAUAUUUCGCGAGCGUGCCCUGGUGGUGGGGCCCACAGCACGCAAAGGCUCCAUACUGAACACAUGUGUCUGCUGUCAUAAAUUGCUGGCGGUCAAGGAUUUUUUAUGCAAAAACAAAUGCACCCUACCAGUCUGUGAUAAAUGCAGUGAUUCGGAGCAGCACCGCAACGAGUGUGAGCUGUUCCGGCGCUGGCAACCUAAAGAUCUGCAAAAGGGUAAGGAUGAUGAUGCCGAGGCGGAUUGUUGUCCCGUCAAUGCCAUGUCGUUGCGUAUACUGACCGCUGUGCGGGUUUUCUUUCUGCAGCCGGAUCAAAGGGCUCUGGUCCAGGCCAUGCAGGCCAACGAUGAUAAGUGUUAUCGUGGUGAAAUCAUAAAGGCGGCCCAAUGUUUUCGUAAAUUUCCCACCACUGAUAAACCUUACAUGGAUAAGCUGUUCCGCGUGGUGGGUGUCCUUAAUACAAAUGCUUUUGAGGCACCCUGUCGCAUGGGAGAUCAUGAGAUAUUGCUGCGCGGAUUGUUUCCCCUGACUGCCGUCAUGAACCACGAAUGUACUCCCAAUGCCAGUCACUAUUUCGAUAAUGGCCGCAUGGCUGUGGUACGUGCUGCACGUUUUAUUCCCAAGGGUGGUGAGGUGACCACGACCUAUACCAAGAUACUGUGGAGCAAUUUGACCCGUUGCAUUUUCCUGAAAAUGACGAAAAACUUUAUAUGUGACUGUGCGCGUUGCAAUGAUAAUACGGAAAAUGGUACAUAUCUCUCGGCUCUCUUCUGCCGCCAGCAAGGCUGUAAGGGUAUUAUGAUACCGGUACAAACCAAGACCCUGCAACCGGAUUGGCGUUGCCUUACCUGUGAAUCAGUAUUUCCCCAUUCGAAAAUGGCUCGAUAUCAGGACUUUGCCUUGAAUACCAUCAACAAUCGGAUCAAUGCCUGUAGCAUUAGUGAUAUGAUAACCUUCAUCAAUGAUAUGUGUCCCCGCUUUUGCCCACCAUCCAAUUAUGUUCUGGUCGAGGCUAAACUUAAUGUGAUCUGGAGGAUGUCACGGGCCACAACGGAGGUAUUUACCGAAGAACAAUUGAAAUGUAAAGAUCGUUAUAGAGCCGAGUUGUUAGAGCUUUUGGAAAAAUUGGGAGCCGGAGAAUGCACCCUCAAGAAAUUGAUAACCGAAGAAAGGCUUUGAGAAGAAAUUCAUCCACAACGAAGCAGGAGAAGAAAGAAGUCGCUGGGAAGCUAGUCCACAAGGCAUAUUUAGUGCUGUUUAUUAAAUAGUAUUGCUUUUGUUUUUUUUUUCUUUUUGUUUUUGUUAUUGUUUUUAAGUAGCUAGGCAACUAAGUGAUUACAAAUUGUUGUGAUUCGAAAUGAAUGAAAUGAACUUAUGAUGUAUUUAAGGAAUGAAAUAAAAUAAAACAAACAACCACAACUAAAUAUUAAAACAUGUUGCACACACACACACA